UUGCAAUGAGCUUCCAUCACAUGAUACAUGUCUCGCCUAUUCUGCAAAUUAAUCUUCAAGGGUGUGGCUGGAAAGAUGGAAGGAGUAAAAGAACAGUACGUUAACAAGGAACACGAGAAAGGGAGAGUAGAUGUAACUGUUGCAGAAGACUUUCAUGACCUUUCUUUGGAGCAUCAACCCCUUGGAACACUUUGCAGUCCAAUAAAAGACCCAGCACAAUGGUCCUCGUAUGCAUUGAGUCAAGAGCAGGUUGAUCAGUAUUGGAGGGAUGGGUAUCUUUCAGGUAUACGAGUACUGACUGAUGAACAAUGUGAACUCAUCCUCAAUGACUAUCAGAUCUUUUUGGAUAAAGAGAAGGUUCAUCCAGGUCAUGGUCUUUUCUAUGAGUUUCAUCGCAAUCAAAGUGGACUCUCUGACAAUGUACUCCUCCACGCACUUGGACAAUGGAGGAUCACAAAAGCCUUCCAUGACAUCUGUUUCCUCCCUCAAAUAUCAGUUCCCAGUUCCCAGUUGAUUGAUCCUGAUAAUAAAGGAGGGCAGGUCCCCAUUAGACUCUGGCAUGAUCAACUCUUUUCCAAGCCUCCAAAGCAUGGUGGGGUUGUUGCUUGGCAUCAGGACUAUAGUUAUUGGACACGGACUAAACCAAUGAAACACUUAACUAUACAUAUUGCUCUCGAUGAUCAGACCCCAGAAACAGGCGGAUUACAUUUUGUACCUGAAUCACACAGGUGGAGUAGAAAUGGGAACCCAUUGCCAAUCACUGAUGCUACUUUUGGUGACAUGGAGUCAUUGAAAAAGGUGCUGACAGAAGAAGAGUUUGCUCAAUUCAAACCAGUUCCUUCUGGUUUAAAGAGAGGACAUGCUAGCUUCCAUCAUCCUUUAAUGGUGCAUGGAUCAUACGCUAACAAGUCAGAGAGGCCAAGGAGAGCAUGUGUUGUUAAUUAUAUUGCUGAUGGAGUUUGGUCUGAUACUAACGAACCUUUGCUUAAUGGGGUUCCUCUCAUUGAAAAGGGUAAUAAAAUGGAAGGACAGUUUUUUCCUCUUGUUUUUGAUCCAAAAUGGGCAAGUCCUGUUUAAAGAUUUAACAAAAGAACUAUACGUGCUAAUUAUAUUCUUGUUUAUAAAGAACACG